UAUGAAAAGGCUCUUCUUUGAGGUCUUUAAGUGGAAAUGAUUGGUUCUGAAAAUUCUUCCCUAGGUGGCUUUUGAAACAUUUCAUAGAUAUUGAAGGCCCAUUAUGAAGGCUAUCUUGAUAUCUUCCCUCCAAAAUGCUAAGGAAUAAUUUAGGCAACAGUUCAGACUCAAAGAAUGAAGACGGCUCGACCUUUUCACAGACUGAACACAAUAUUGUUGCAGCUUACUUGAUUACGGCAGGUAUGAUAAGUGUUCUCAGCAACAUAAUAGUUCUUGGCAUCUUCAUUAAGUACAAGGAGCUUCGGACACCCACAAAUGCAAUUAUCAUUAACUUGGCUGUUACUGAUAUAGGGGUCAGUAGCAUUGGCUACCCCAUGUCUGCUGCUUCAGAUCUGCAUGGAAGUUGGAAGUUUGGAUAUGCAGGAUGUCAGAUUUAUGCUGGAUUGAAUAUCUUUUUUGGAAUGGCAAGUAUUGGAUUGCUCACAGUUGUGGCUGUGGAUCGAUACCUGACCAUCUGCUGUCCUGAUGCAGGAAGAAGAAUGACCACCAACACUUACAUCAGCAUGAUUCUGGGGGCCUGGUUCAAUGGCCUCUUUUGGGCUUUGAUGCCUAUUGUUGGGUGGGCUAGUUAUGCCCCAGAUCCUACUGGGGCCACCUGUACCAUAAACUGGCGGAAAAAUGAUGUAUCUUUUGUUUCUUACACCAUGGUGGUUGUUGCGAUAAAUUUUAUUGUGCCCUUGAUAAUGAUGUUUUACUGCUAUUACCAUGUCACUCGAUCCAUUAAACAUCAUGCUACUAGUAACUGCACUGAGUAUCUCAACAGAGAUUGGUCAGAUCAGGUAGAUGUAACAAAGAUGUCUGUGAUAAUGAUACUCAUGUUUCUGGUGGCGUGGUCCCCUUAUUCCAUCGUGUGCUUAUGGGCUUCUUUUGGUGACCCGAAGAAGAUUCCUCCCUCAGUGGCCAUCCUAGCUCCACUGUUUGCAAAAUCUUCUACAUUCUACAAUCCCUGUAUUUAUGUGAUUGCUAAUAAAAAGUUCCGGAGGGCAAUGCUUGCCAUGUUCAAAUGUCAGACUCAUCAAGCAAUGCCCGUGGAGAGUAUCUUACCAAUGGAUGUACCCCAAAACCCACUGACUUCUGGAAAAGUCUGAAAUAAGAGGAAAGCACACAUCAAAACAUUUGCUUUUUUUUUUCAAUGAUUUAAUUUCACUUAAAAUCUGAGCCCAUUUCAAUCAAAUGCAGACAUAGAGGAUUGUCCUAAUAGACUGUAGAUUUCUCACGUGUAGUUUAUAAGUUCUUCUGUUGGUGCACUGGCCACUGUAGGGAAUGUUUCAUUGUUUCCUUAUAUGUAAACUUAUUGCUUAUCUCCUUUGGUGAAUAGAGGCACAUGAGAUUAAAGCCUCUUCUCUUUCUCCCUAUCAUGGCAUGUAUUACGCUGUACCUGGUACCUUGCCUGGUCCCUCCGUUAG